AUGUUGCGGUCAAGAAAGGGUCACGUUAUCACAAAUGAAAAGAAAAUAAAACCGAGAGAUUUAGUGCAACCGCUCUGCGUGCUGGAAUCGGACUUCGGGUUCAAAAUCAACUGUGCCUUCAAAAAGUCUGGCCUGUUCAGGGUUCGAAACCUGGGCGGUAUUAAAGCGCAUGCUAGUCUAGGGUUCAGCUUAGGAGAUGAGCUUGGCUUUGAGCAGUCGCUUACCAACCUGGAUCCGAGUAGACGGCGGUCGGUGAGCUUCAAGAACGGAGCGCCGAAUGUGAUCGUCGACACCCCUAGCAGACCAGCCGCAAAGCAGGAGAAGCGGGCCAAACAGAACAGGAUAAUGAUGAGACCGAUGCCCUCCCCACCGCGAACGAACCAAGCGGCAAUGGACAAACUGUCCACACUGCACCGCCGUGCCUCCACUAUGCAACCGAUAGUCGUCCAGCCGAGCGUCUCCAGCGUCGCCGCUAGACCCGCGAUCACACUGGCCAAGCCGAUGCCGAUGGGCGUGCCGCCGUUCAGGCCGCUCCCGCCGAAAGAGGACACCCUCAAAGUGCUGCCGAUAACGAAGAACCAGCCGCAAGCACAGCCCAAAGGACCGGGGAUCGCGUUCGCAAGUGAGAAAGCAAACACAGACGACAUAUCGCGGAUGGUGGCGCAUAUGACGGCGGUACAGUACAGUCAACACACGCCCGCCGCCCCAAUAUCAAGUCCCGCCCUCAACCCGUUCGUCCCUUUGCCCGAGGUCGCCGUCAUAACGCCCCACCGAAACACUAACACCGACUAUCUCAACACCCACAAAUUGUCUAACUCCGUAGACCCGGUCCCCCAAGCCCACGCGGGGCAAGUAAUAAGCACGAAGGCGGACGACUACAACACCAUCAGCGGCUACGGGGACGACACCGCCCUGAAGUUCAGCAAGGAGGACAUCAACGAGAAGAUAGCCGAGAUAGCCAAGGCGGGGAACAUCUCCACGGAGGCCGUGGAGGCGGCAAUAGCUCUCCGACAGCAGCAAUUGCUGAGCAAGUACGCCAGUAUACCGGUCACCACGGUCACCACGACCACCACCACGGCAACGGAACCGCCGCUAGUCUUCCAACAGCCGGAACCGGAGAUCAUCGUCGCUUCCGUCCAGCAGAAACCAAAGAGAAACCCGACCGCUGGCAAGGUGAUGAACGCCCCUAGAGAGUACUACCCAAUCGGCUACGAAAAGAACUUCGACGACCACUUCCAGUCCAAGGUCGAACUGCCCGAUACCAGCUUCCAUUGUGGCGACCAGAAAUACUUCCCCGGACUCUACGGGGAUGAGAACUUAGGUUGCAUGGUGUUCCACGUGUGCGCGCUGACCGACGAUGGUCUGGUGAUGAAGUCGUUCCUCUGCCCCGAGUCGACCCUCUUCGACCAGGCGAUCCUGAAGUGCAACUGGUGGUUCUACGUGGACUGCAAGAGCACCGAGCGCCUGUACGACACCAACAUCCCCGUCUCCAAGAGCUACCAGCUCAUGAAGGCGCUCACCUUCUUCUCCUCCUACAGGAAGGAGAUGCAGGACGGCAACUCCAUGCAGCCCGAGGAAGUGAACGGCAUAAAGGAGGCGAUAAACAUCCUCGACAGCCAGGACUCGAAGGCGGCGCAGAGCACCGGGGGGCUGCACAUCAUCACGCCGCAGCCCAUCAUAGUAGACGAGAGGAGCAGGCAGCAGUAUACCACGGACGCUCCCGUCUACCGGGGCCAGAGGGGGCUGGCGGGCGGUAACGCCACCGCGAAGGUGGAUCCCACUCCUCAAGCAUCUCAAGCGGCGGAAGCUUCCGUCGCCGUCAGAGCCAACGUCACCGCUUCGAACAGUUCCACCAUCGAGAGGAAGCACCGAAGGCGAAUGACCCUGACGUCCAGCAGGCCGCUGGAGCUGACCACCUUCAGUUCGCCGCUGGUGGACAUAAUGAAGCAAGAGAUAAGGCCGUUCGACGAAUCCAGGAGGGAGACGAUGGCCGACCAGCUCGACGAGGCGCAGGUGAGCUCGCCGGCGAGGAGAGUGCACCGCUCCAGCGCGGAGAGGGAGAGCGAGAUGGAGAGGGAGAGGGAGAGGGAGAGGGAGAGGGAGAUGGAGACGGUGAACGACGAGAGGGUGAUGAUCGUGCGGCCGACGAGGCUCGGGCCGGAAUUCCCCAGCCCGAAUGGCACG